GAGCAGAAGUUUAUUCUGCUGGAUCAUCUGACUCCCAGCCUGGCUGAACUUCUGGGCUGGUCUCAAAACUCUUUCUUCAUUCAGUCCACCAACGGUGAUUGCCUUUUGCAACUGCUCUGUUGCCUCUCAAUCCAGCCCUUGGUGUUUUUCCGCAUGCCAUUGCUUGUGUGUAGAACUGGAUUCGCAAAUAUUCAGUACAGGCCAUAUGCUCUCUCAUGUCACGUCCUUUUGAAAGGCAAACAUCUAUUGUCAUUUUUGCUGAACAUCAGAACUGCCCUAGCGGGUCAGACCAAUAGUCCAUCUGGUCCAGUAUCCUGUCUUCUGACAGCGGCCAGUGCCGGGUGCUUUGGAGGGAAUGAACACAACAGACAAUCUCUGAGUGAACCAUCCCAGCAUGUGGCAGUCAGAGGUUUAGGGACACCCAGAGCAUGGGCUGCACCCCUGAUUAUCUCAGCUAAUACCUGAUGCACCUAUCCUGAGGGACUGACCCUCUUCACCGGGAGCCCUGCCCUCACCAGUACAGGAGAGAUGAAGGAGCACCCAGGCCUGGCUCCUCUGGGGUGCUCAGGACAGCUGGCAGUGCCUUCUGCCCCUCCCCGUUUGCCAUCAGGGCAUUUAGGCUGCAGCAAUCUUAUGGCUUCCAUGUGCACGGGUGCGUUUGAGGGAGGGAAAGGACUUCUUGGCCCUCUUCUCACCUCAGCCACCGCUAAUGCCUCUGUGUGGUGGCAGCCACAUUUUGACCCUGUAAUAAACAGAUUGGAACGGCUUCUGCCAGGAAAAAUGUCAGGUGAGCCUAGAUGGCCCUCAGGCGGGGAAACAGGAAAUCCAAAAUACUUUACUCUCAUUUCUACCUACCAGAGACUAAAAUACACCUGCCUGGAGAUAAACCCAUCUGGCUCCUCUUUAGAGGCAUUGGUGGUAUAGUGGUGAGCAUAGCUGCCUUCCAAGCAGUUGACCUGGGUUCGAUUCCUGGCCAAUGCAGGGAUGUGAUGUUUUGGGGGGAGGGAUAGCUCAGUGGUUUGAGCAUUGGCCUGCUAAACCCGGGGUUGUGAGUUCCAUCCUUGAGGGGGCCAUUUAGGGAUCUGGGGCAAAAAUUGGGGAUUGGUCCUGCUUUGAGCAGGGGGGUGGACUAGAUGACCUCCUGAGGUCCCUUCCCACCCUGAGAUUCUAUGAUUCUAUAUUCUAUGAUACCCUACAGACGUCAAAAUCUCUUUCUGAACAAGCCCUUCCAUCUCCAAUGAGAUAUUACCCCAGGAGCUGGCUGGCAUCUACCCUCCCUUUGAUCAGAAACCUCUCUCGGUCAAGGCCAGAGGACAAGUGCUUUGCUGUCCGUGCCUGCCUGCCGAGUUGAUGGUCAGGGAUGGCUCCAGCAUGAAAGUACAUUGAAGGCGAACCCGAAGGAAACUAUUGAUCUUUCACAUGUCCCGCGCCCCAGGACAAUGAAUCCAACCCACAGGUCACAGGAUGCUCCAUUGUGAGCACAGUAAAGGAAGCUGCAAAAUAAAUGAGAAUUCAAGGAUCUCACUCCCUUUUUUCCAGGCCUCUGUUAAGAGGCAAUUGUGCACCAGGCAGGGUGGUUGGAAGCCGAAGACUUUAUGCGUCCCGUCCCCCCCACCUCCCCAUAGGGCUGGGGAUCUGUCAGCUGUGGCCUGCAGGGGAAUGGACCAAUCAGCUGCGGAUACAGAGAGGGCAUCAGGCCACGCCUCCAGCCCGCUCUGCCUCCUGCCGCUUACUCCUGGGUUCUCGCCCCCACCAAGCCCCGUCCCGACCCCUGCGGGGGCGCCUCUGGCUCCCGCGUGCGGCUCCGCAUCACCCCAUCGCCCUUGACGGCUGGCAGGGGCCGCCGGGGCCGGUGACCUUCGAGGAGGUGGCUGUGUAUUUCAUCAGGGAAGAGGGGGCUCUGCUGGACCCGGCUCAGAGAGCCCUCUCCAGAGACGUCAUGCAGGAGAACUACGAGAAUGUGACCUCGCUGGGGUCACCAAUUGAUCUGACCAGAAGAGAAGUUCCUUAUCCUGGAAUCAGGCUACCUGUGUUAACCAGGGAGCAACCCUCCUCCCCGCAUCCCAGCAGCCGAGACGGGAGGAUGAGCAAGAACGAGGGGGGGACGCCGCAGCCGCGAAAAGCCAAGCCAGAAGAACCACAUGGGAGAUUGGCAGGAAGAUAUAAAGGGAAGUUUUCCCAGAAUCGUGAGCAGGGGAAAGCCUACGAGAGGCAGUCAGGGAAGAAAGAAGGGUUGCCGAUUUCCAAAACGGAUGUGAUCUCCCAGCUGGGAAAAGGGGAAGAACCCUGGGUCCCGGAGCUCCAGGGCUCCAAGGAAAGACAGAGUCUGCGAGGCGUCUGCACGGCAGGUGAUUCGAUGGUGGGUGAGAACGCGGAGCAGAACCUUCAGGAGGAAGACGCUGAGCAAGUGGAAGCACAUGGAGGAUUAUCGCGGACAUCCACAGGGAAUGUGUCCGGACGUUGUGAGCAGGGAAAAGCUUGUGAGAGUCAGCACAGGCCAGAGCAGCAACAGGGAAACCAGCCACGGGAGAAAGUGGAUAAAUCCACUAAUUGUCAGCGAACUCACAAGAACCUCAAAGCAAUCACAGCCCAGCAGCGAAUCCCCACGGCAAAGAGAAAAAACCCAUGCACCGAGUGUGGGAAAAACUUCAGUUACCCCUCAGACCUUCUUAUACACGAGAGACUCCACCCGGGGCAGAGACCUUACAAACGCUCCGAGCGUGGGAAAAGCUUCCACCGGAGCUCAGCCCUUGUUACACACCAAAGGAUCCACCCAGGAGAGACCCCCUAUGAAUGUGCCGAGUGCGGGAAAAGCUUCUCGGUAAGCUCACACCUUAUGCGACACCAGGGCACCCACACCGGCGAGAACCCUUAUAAAUGCGCCGACUGUGGGAGAAGCUUCAAACAGAGCUCCAACCUUGUGGCACAUCAGAGAAUUCACACGGGAGAGGGACCCUAUAUGUGCUCUGAGUGCGGGAAACGCUUCACUCAGAGCUCAGCCCUCAUUAAACACCAGCGGAUCCCCAAGGGAGACGAACCAUAUAAAGGCCUGGACAAAGGUUUUGCCUCCCGCAGAGUGGCCUUGAAAGGGUGUUUGCACCAUUCGCUCACUGUGGUCUCGCAGGGGAGUCGCUUGCUUUUACAGCUUGCCCUCCGGUAAAUCCCAUGAUCCUUUCUAUCAAGUCUUCUGUCCCAUUAGUCAUGGGAGUGUGUCCCCCUCCUACCAGGAAUGUCCAUCCGCCCCCGGUGCGGACGACAGAGCUGAUCUCAACUAGCCACACUGAGGUCAAAUCUAUCUCGGCCUCAAGUCCACGGGCAUCAUUUUUAUACUGUUUCUCCUCCAGCCCACCCCCCACCUGCAAGCUGACUGGGGUGAGUCUGAGAGAUUUGCUCUUUCCCCAUCACCGUCUGGCCCCCGCCCGGCAGCAGCAGCUUCUGCCUGAGCUACACAGAGUUUGUCCUCCUUACAUUCUCCUGGGGGGCUGAAAGGGGUCAUUUCAACUGUUGGAAACAAAGUAAUUUUCUUUUAAAAAUUACGAACAAACAUUUGGCUUAGAGAAAUGAGAGAGGGGAGGCGAGCUCGACUAAUUGUUUAUCUUACUGCAACUCAAGGUACUGGCUUCCACGUUAUUUCUGUUACAAUCUUUUUUGUAUGCCUCUCCGUGGAGAGUUUUUAACCCUAUUAGAGUAGGCUCAGCUUUACAGGGGUACUUUUCUCCAGGUACGUUGAGACCAAGGUAUAUUGUUUCUCAAAAUUAUGGGGAUUCCGUUCUCUGGUAUAUCCUUAGACAACUAAGAAUGUUUAUAAAUGGGCAAAAUAAUUUGCUUUAAGGGCAGGUGUACCUGUAGGUUAUUAACGAAUAACCAGCCCGUUUAUAAUUGGGCAAAGUGACAAAUUGUAGCUAAACCCUAUGAAAAUGAAGAAAAUAUUCAGAUCUGUUCAUUAGAAGACGCCAUUUAAGGACCUGUUUUCAAACAGACCAAUUAUGAAUAUCAAGAAUUUUAAAUCCCGCUAUUUCUCUGUUUAUCAAUGUUUAGCCCUUUUCUCAUCUCCAGUAAGUCAUGGUCUGACCACUUGAGAAACUGUUUGUAUUUUAAGUGACAACACCACUUUCAAAUUCCAAUAAAAUCAAAACACGAGUUCAAAUCUAAACCCCUGGCGUUGUCCCAGCCCUGGUCUACACAACAAACUCAUGUCAGUGUAAGUGCAUUGCUCCGGGGUGUGGAAAAUCCACACCCCUGAGCAAUGUAGUUAUACUGACCUAACUCCCAGUGUAGACAGCGCUUUUCAGGGAAGUGGCGUACCUACGCCCGUGGGAGACGCUCUCCUCUUGGUAUAGCUACAGCAAAGCAACUGCAGGUGUAGACAAGCCCUCAGUUAACGUUCUCUUGCCGAUCCACGUUGAGGUUUUGGGGAGGUUUUCCUUGGGUUAGAUUCUUCUUGAGUCUUCUCUGUUUUGCUUAGUGGUCUGUGGCAGCUUGCUUACAGAGCUGGAUGGGGUGUGCUUGCUAUCCAAGCAGGAUUCUUUUAUACCCUUCUGAUGUUCAUGAAAUGAUGGGAAACCUCCCCCCCCCUCCUUCAGGCGUGCUGAGAUUCAAAGUUGGUUGUGUUCACUCUUUCGUUGACUUUACACCUUGGCUUUGGUCAGAGGAUCCCAAACCUAAUUUAUUAGUCUCUAAGGUGCCACAGGUCCUCCUCUUCUUUAUAUAAACAAUGAGAUCAGGCACGAACGUUUGCAUUUAGAUACAAAAUACUUGCAAAUAUACAUUUCAAAAGACGUUUAUUCCAUCUUAAGCAUUUGAUAAACAGCAAAACCUUUCAUUGGAAAUGUGAUGUAGAAGACACGUGAUGUAUAAAACGUGAUGUAUAAAACGUUUCUCACCGUACACGUUCUCCAAGUUUCAAGAAUGACGACUUCAGUGGGUUUACGAAAUAAAUGAAUUUCAAUAA